AUGUCUACUACAGUUGAAAAAAUUAAGGCCAUCGAGGAUGAAAUGGCCAAAACCCAAAAAAACAAGGCCACUUCCUUUCAUUUGGGUCAAUUAAAAGCCAAAUUAGCUAAGCUACGUAGAGAAUUGCUACAAGCCCCUACCAGUGGAGGUGGAGGUGGAGGUGUUGGUUUUGACGUUGCUAGAACUGGUGUUGCAAGUGUUGGUUUUGUUGGUUUUCCAUCCGUUGGUAAAUCUACUUUGUUAUCGAAAUUAACUGGUACUGAAUCUGAAGCUGCCGAAUAUGAGUUUACCACCUUAGUUACUGUUCCGGGUGUUAUCAGAUACAAGGGUGCUAAGAUCCAAAUGUUAGAUUUACCUGGUAUUAUUGAUGGUGCUAAGGACGGUCGUGGUCGUGGUAAACAAGUUAUUGCCGUUGCCAGAACUUGUAAUUUAUUGUUCAUUGUGCUAGACGUCAAUAAACCUUUAUUGCAUAAACAAGUUAUUGAAAAAGAAUUGGAAGGUGUUGGUAUUAGAUUAAAUAAAACACCUCCUGAUAUUCUCCUGAAGAGGAAAGAAAGAGGUGGUAUCUCUAUCACUAAUACUGUUCCUUUAACACAUUUAGGCCAAGAUGAAAUUAAAGCCGUUUUAAAUGAAUAUCGUAUUAAUAGUGCAGAAGUCGCAUUUCGUUGUGAUGCCACUGUAGAUGAUUUAAUUGAUGUCUUAGAAGCACCAUCGAGACGUUACAUGCCAGCAAUAUAUGUAUUGAAUAAGAUUGAUGCCUUAUCAAUAGAAGAAUUGGAACUAUUAUACAGAAUUCCAAAUGCAGUUCCAAUAUCUUCAGGCCGAGAAUGGAAUUUGGAUGAACUAUUACAAGUCAUGUGGGAUAGGCUAAAUUUAGUCCGUGUUUAUACCAAACCAAAGGGCCGUGAUCCAGAUUUUAGUGAUCCAGUUGUUCUACGUGCCGAUCAUUGUUCUGUGAAAGAUUUCUGUAAUCAAAUUCAUAGAUCUCUAGUUGACGACUUCAGAAGUGCAACAGUAUACGGUACAUCUGUUAAACACCAACCUCAAAAUGUUGGUUUAAGUCAUAUAUUAGAAGAUGAAGAUGUUGUUACAAUUUUAAAGAAGUAA